AUGCUCAACCAGGUCCGCUUUCUUCUCUGGUCGCUACUGACACUCAACUCGCUCUUGGAUCCGCUCAAGACUCUGUAUGGCUAUUACUCGUCCGCAGAUACAUCGUUCAAUCGCUUCUCGCCAGAGCUCACGAUAGCCAACACCUUCAACAAUGUCUCGUCGCGCGUCUGUUCGCCCAACGGCCCAUUCCUUGACUGCUACUUUGAGCUACCCGUCUACGGUACCGGGUCGCUCUCGGGGGCCACCUGCCGGUCGUACUACCCUAUUGACAAGGCUCCAACGCAGCACAUUGGCAACUUCUUUGGCAACUGCACGCUUCCGUCCGGCGAGCGCAUCGAGAUUCCUGAUCCUGCGCGAUUUGCGUCGACGCAAUGGUCCGUCCAGACGAGCUCUUUAGAUCGAACGUGCCUGGAGAUGCUUGGCGAAGGCGACAGCUUUGCGUGCGACACGAUCACAACAGCCAAUGGGCGCGUGAUCAACUACCGCGUGAGCCAGACCGAGACCACCAAGUGGUGCAAGGAGUUUGGAGGGUAUUACAUUUUGAAUCGGACGUCUGGUAUCCAAGAGGUGCUCGUCGCCAACACAUCUGGCCCAUUCGCGUUUACAAGCAUCCCAUUGGCGUUCGCGACACCAGCGUUUAGCCUUCACUCGCUCAUCGGGUGCUCGGUCACCUUUCGCGUUGGUGGCACCGCAAGUCAAAUCACAACGUCGGCGUGGUACGGGGACACGGUGAGUCCGUGGGUAGCCCGCACUACACGCACCGCGAACGGCAACGUCGUCACCAAGCACGGCGCACUCGUCCACGUGUCGACCGACCAUUUGACCAACGGCGACCAAAACCUCGUCCGGCUGCUCUACAAGGACAUCUUUCGUCUGUGCAUUCUGGGAAUCGUCAUCUUUUACCGGAUCUCGUCCAUCUACUAUCCCAUCUGGCUCGCGUUUCGGCGCCAGCACCAACCGUUCGUAUCUUGGAUCUGGCAGCGCCACUUGGGGCUUGUGCUCCACAAGCGAGAGCGACACAACCUCUGCGUGCUUUUCUUGCUCUCUCUGGAAGCUGUCACGAGCGUGGAAGACAUCGUCGUUCACUGCCAGUACACCGUCUACACCAACGGCUCUUCGUAUGGGUCGCUCCUCCUGAUCUACAUGUCGAUCAUGCGCAUCGUCUGGCCCUGCGCGCUGCUGCUGCUCGCCUUUGCGGUCUCGGAAAACAUCUUUCUCCUCGGCGCUCCCGUCGUGUGGGUCUACAUUCCCAUGUACGUGACCAACCAGGGCAUGAGUCUCUUCCAGGGCUACCGCUGGACCGGCGUGAUCGUCCACCACUACACCAACUCGAUCUACAACGUGUACACAAACCAGCUCAACAGUUUGUCACUCUACUGGCGCCUAUUUGGUGUCUUCACGCUCGUUUCACCACUCGUGAUUUUCACGCUCUCGGCACUAUGGCGGUGCACCAUGCAAACGGGCAGCAUCUCGGCGUACCUCCUCUCGCCUGUGGAGCGGCGCGGGGCCAUCCGCAUCGAUUGCAGCGUGAAAAUCAGCCCGGAGCUCGAGACGAUUUUGCGCGACUCGACAUUCUCCGUGCCGCCGAGCAUUGCGCGUCAGAUCACGCGCGCCAAGCUCCCGACGACGCAGCGCUGCGAGGCGGGCAACCUCGCCGCCGAUGGCCUCGUGUGCCUCGUGUACGGCGAGGUCCACGUGCUCGGUUUCAUCGACUGGGGCUUAUAUUUUCCCAUUGAAAACAUGUUGGGACACGUCGCCGUCAUCCACGGCAGCCACGCAGCGUUUGACCCAAAGGUGUCCGUCGUGUCCUUGGUUGAAAUCACAGCGUGCCCGAUGGUGCUCGGCAUCACUGACCUUGGCUAA